AUGGUAAAUUCUAAAUUUAAAUUCCUUAUUGUAACAUUGGCUUUGUUUGCUGUCGCUAUGGCUGAUGUCUCCGAAUUGGCGUCGGGUUAUGAUUAUCAUGCCCCAGCUCCAUCGGCUCCAGUCAACACCUACAUUCCUCCUGUAGCUGCUUCUGCCCCCGAACCCGUUAAGACUUAUAUCCCCCCUGUAGCUGCUUCUGCCCCUGAACCCGUCAAAACUUAUAUUGCCCCUGUAGCUGCUUCUGCUCCUGAACCCGUCAACACCUAUAUUCCUCCCGUAGCCGCUUCGGAACCCGUUAACACUUACAUUCCUCCCGUCGCUGCUUCAGCCCCUGAACCAACUGUUGAAUUGGCCCAAGAUGGUUACCGUUACAAGACCCAACGUCAUCGUGUCUAUCGUAAACGUAAAUUCCUUAUUGUAUCCUUGGCUUUGAUUGCUGCCGUUAUGGCUGAUGUCUCGGAAUUGGGCAAUUACGGUUAUGAGGCUCCAGCUGCUACUGAAAUUCAAGAAGAUUAUAGCUACAGCAGUCCAGUAACCACAAAUGAGUAUCUGCCUCCAGCUGCAUCGGCUCCUGUCAACACCUAUAUUCCUCCAGCAGAAUCGGCACCAGUAAACACGUACGUUCCACCAGCUGUCAGUGAACCUGUUAAUACUUAUAUUCCACCAGCCGCCUCAGCCCCAGUCAACACUUAUAUUCCACCCGUAGCCGAAAGUGCACCAAUUCCCACAGCUGAAUUGGCUGAGGAUGGUUAUCGUUACAAAACUCAUCGUCGUGUUGUCUAUCGUCAACGUUUCUAG